UCGCGCGCCGCUGAGUGGAGCUGUCGACAGGUACGUGACACAGCUGACUGGACGCGCGCAGCCGUUCGCUCUCCGUGGUGCUGAAUGUUCUCCUAACCGCUACCUGCCUCACCGUAGAUCCUCACGAAAGAUAAGGGAGAGUGGGGCUUCUUCCACUGGAAAAUAGCCAUACAAUUUUGGACUUUUCCGCAUAAUCAUCGACGUUGUUUUCUCUCUUGAUCUUAUCAUAUUAUGGAUACAUUUCAAACCUUAUCAAAAGGGUGAUUAUUAAUUUUUUUUAACCAAUUGACUGGGAUCUGUAGCCUACAAGAUGGCACUGAAUGGAUGUACAUUGCAUAAGGCAAAGGAAGAUUUAUCAGACUGCUGUUUUGUGACUGUGAAACCAUACCAUAUCAGAUUGUUCGCCUAAUUCUGCAAUAUAAUCGUUUUUUCUCAGCUCAUUCAAUACACCUGGCAUUGGAUGUCUAAACCUCGAUUUUCUUCCCAGAAAGAGGCACAUAAUUCGGAAUAACAUUUGACCAAAUAUGUUUAACAAUAUUCCCUAUUUGAAUUCUUUAUCGUAAUAUCAAAGAAAUCGAGCUGAAAUCAAGAAGAAUUUGGAAUCAUGGAAUCCGAACCCGAACCCGUUAAGCAUCGGGCUUUCCCGCCCAGUAAAGAAGGGCUGAAGAAUUUGGCAGGAAAGACCUUCGGCCAUCUGUACAGGGUGGUGGAGAAACGUCAGAAGACAGGUGAGGUGAUCGAGCUAACGGAGGACGGACGGCCGUCGGAGCAACGAGAGAAGAAACCGCCUUUAUGUGACUGCACGUGCUUCGGCCUCCCGCGCCGUUACAUCAUCGCAAUCAUGAGCGGCCUCGGAUUCUGCAUCUCCUUCGGCAUCCGGUGUAACCUGGGCGUGGCUAUCGUAGGCAUGGUCAAUAACAGCACCAUGCACAAGGACGGCAAGAUCGUCAUCACAGAGAAAGCGAAGUUCAACUGGGAUCCAGAGACGGUGGGGAUGAUCCACGGUUCAUUCUUCUGGGGUUACAUCGUCACACAAAUACCCGGAGGGUGGAUAUGCUCACGACUAGCAGCAAACAGAGUGUUUGGCCUAGCCAUCUUCCUGACGUCCACCCUCAACAUGCUCAUCCCCUCCGCGGCUCGGGUGGACUACCGCUGCGUCAUCUGCGUCAGGAUACUACAGGGUCUGGUGGAGGGAGUGACCUACCCAGCCUGUCAUGGCAUCUGGAGUAAGUGGGCCCCACCACUGGAGCGGAGCCGUCUGGCCACCACGUCCUUCUGUGGAUCCUAUGCUGGUGCUGUGAUAGCCAUGCCUCUGGCUGGGAUCCUGGUCCAGUACUCUGGCUGGUCCUCCGUCUUCUAUCUGUAUGGCUGCUUUGGGAUGUUCUGGUACAUGUUCUGGAUCCUGGUGUCCUAUGAGAGCCCUGAGGUUCACCCCACCAUCACCGCCGAGGAGAGACGUUACAUCGAGGAGAGUAUCGGAGAGGGUCAAGAACUAUUCGGUCCGGCUAGCAAAUACAAGACUCCGUGGAGGAAGUUCUUCACCUCAAUGCCCGUCUAUGCCAUCAUCGUGGCCAACUUCUGCAGGAGCUGGACCUUCUACCUGCUCCUCAUCAGCCAGCCAGCCUACUUCGAGGAGGUGUUCGGCUUCGAGAUCAGCAAGGUGGGCAUGGUGUCGGCCCUGCCCCACUUGGUGAUGACCAUAAUCGUGCCCAUCGGAGGACAGCUGGCUGACUGGCUACGCAGCAGGAACAUCCUGUCUACUACCACCGUCAGGAAGAUCAUGAACUGUGGAGGGUUUGGAAUGGAAGCCACCUUGCUUCUUGUGGUUGGUUUCUCUCACACCAAGGGUGUGGCCAUCUCUUUCCUGGUCAUGGCUGUCGGCUUCAGUGGCUUCGCUAUAUCAGGUUUCAAUGUGAACCACCUGGAUAUCGCCCCCCGCUACGCCAGUAUCCUGAUGGGUAUAUCUAACGGUGUGGGAACCCUGUCAGGGAUGGUUUGCCCUCUAAUCGUGGGGGCCAUGACCAAAAACAAGACUCGAGAGGAGUGGCAGUGGGUGUUCCUCAUCGCUGCCCUGGUUCACUACGGAGGGGUCAUUUUCUACGGGAUCUUUGCGUCGGGCGAGAAGCAGCCGUGGGCCGACCCGGAGCUGACCAGCGACGAGAAGUGUGGCUUCAUCGACGAGGACGAGCUGGCAGAGGAGACGGGUGACAUCACACAGGGCUACAGUGGUGGCAUGGCGGCAAUAGGGGCAGGGAAGAGUUACGGGGCCACUACAACUGGGCUCAACGGAGGCUGGGUGGCCCCAGACAGCUGGGAGAAAGUAGAGGAGGAACCAGCCGGACAGACCUGGGCAGAUUGAGACUGCUCACAGAACAGGGUCGGGCGUAUCGAGCGUAUCAGAGUAGAAGUGCUGAUUUUGGAUCAGGUUAGCCUUUUAUAUCAUAAUGAAUAAUAUGUAAUAUACAGGGUGGCUGAUCCUAGUUUAGCACUCCUACUCUGAGAUGCUUGAUACAUACGGCCCCAGAUAUAAUCAUGUUAUGGCAGCGGUGGCGUGUUCUAGCCUGGUUUCUGAUUUGUUUGUGCUGUCUUGCACAAACUCCUACAAUGACCAUAGACAACUCCUACAACGACCACGGCACAAACAGAUCUGGGACCAGGCUAGGGGAGUUCACCCACUAAAGAGAGAGAGAGAGAGAGAAAUACCAUUGUGGUUUGCACAAAUUAGCAUAAAAAGUAGAUACUGUAUGUAAAAUAUUUACGUAUAUUGAGCAAAAAAAAAAAAAUCACGCGUUGGUUCCACACAAGCAGGUUAAAAUAUCAGUGUAACAUAUAUUUCCAAUUCAUGGCAAUGCAGUGCAAUCUGUAAUAGAUUGUGAUAUAAUCCCCAUCUCACCCAUCUAGAUUCUUCACUCCUGGCAGUUUCAGGGAAAUUGUAGGCCUAGUUAUUAUAUCUUUAAGGCUCCCUAACCUCAUAAAAAUGUACUUGAAACAACAAAUGAGCCAGAUAUUGUGAACAUCAUAGGUCUAAAACCUUGUCUGAAAUACCACUUUCUGAUUGCACUGAUACCUGUAAGUAUUUAAAAAAUAAAAAAUAAAAAAAUAAUUAAUAAAUAGAUAUUAUAAUAUUUCUUAUCAAUGGCAUUUUAUGUACUUUAUAUAUACUGUUUCUGUGAGACUAUUGUGGAUUUGGCCCGUCGAUCUGUGUGAUACAUUGAUGUAAAAGGCCAUAUUUUUCACGGACAGAAUCUUUUCAGGGAGUUGUCUGAUCUGCGUACAAAACUAAGUCUUGUUCUUGAGUAAGGCCUAAACGACUAUGGAAAAGACUCAAACUAGCGUGUGUGUGUGUGUGUGUGUGUGUGUGUGUGUGUGUGUGUGUGUGUGUGUGAAGUGGAACUCAAUGUAAUAUUUAUAUGUGCGUUGUUGCAUGAAUUUGCUCAAAUCAAUGUUUCUGAUACAGCUUUUUCAUAGCCCACUGAUAGUCCUCAUAUCUUUCACUGCUUCGUUUUGUAAUAAUAUGUCUAGUGCCAUACCAGUGAUAACGUGGACCUUUAUGUUCAUAUCAUGGUAUCCGUGAGAGACCCAAAAAAUAUAUAUCAUGAUUGAGGUGUAAGCACAGAAUUACACUAGAAUUCUAGAAUGAACAUUGGCUACAGGGGUGGCCAUCUUGGACUGGUGUUCUAUUUCUACGCGUGAAGGUGAACUUUCUCUCAAGGGCAUCAUUGAUUGAGCAACUGUGUUUGAUGUGCAUUGCAAUAAUUCCCCAUGCAACGGUCGCUACUAUCCCCAUCCAAUUUCAGUUCUGUAGACUUGUAUAACACUGGCUUGCUGUAUCAAACUGUAGUUAUUUUUUUGGAGUUGUGAAAAAUGACAACAUAAAGUCUAUGUGAAAUAAAUCGCUGGUGUCAGGAAAAAUAUCAAUUACAACACUGCUUUAUAAUGCAGAUUACAGCACUGCUUUAUAAUGCAGAGGACGAUUAUAACAUUUUAAAUCUAAACAAUUGAACGUUGUUUUAAUCUUGAUAUGUCUUUAUUUCUUUCCUUGCCAGUAGUGAGAAAACUACCUUUUGAGAGGAUAUGGCAUUUGUGUAAUAACCCACUGAAUUAUCAUGAACGUUCAUUGGCUUGAAUGAAUCUUCGUCGAUGCGACGUCCAUUCUUUUCCUUAUUGUUUGCUGAACGUAAUAAUAAUGAAUUCUCUGCAAGGGUGUUAAAAAAAUAUACAAAUACUGAAAAAGUACUGAAGAAUGUUGCUACAUUUGGGCUUUGAGUCCGACGUUUAUGUAUAAAUUAUAAAUGUGAUUGUAUGGGUCCUGAUAAUAUUGUGUUUAUUGGAGAGGUUUGUUGAUGUCAAAAAAGUGUUAUAUAUAUAAAUGCUCAAAUCAUUUUAUAAAGAAAUAUCUAAACAAUA